AUGGCUAACUUCACGAAACUUGAGUUUGUUGCCCUUGAUAUUUCAGGCAAGAACUACCUAUCAUGGGUGCUAGAUGCUGAAAUCCAUCUGGAUGCUAUGGGUCUUGGAGACAGCAUUAAAGAAAAAAAUAAAGCUUCCAACCAAGAAAAUGCCAAGGCUAUGAUAUUCUUGCGUCAUCACCUUGAUGAGGCCCUAAAGAUUGAAUAUCUUACUAUUCAGGAUCCACUUGUUUUAUGCAAAAACUUGAAAGAAAGGUAUGACCACCUGAAGAUGGUCUUCCUCCCAAAAGCACGACAUGAAUGGAUUAAUCUAAGGCUACAAGAUUUCAAGACAAUUACGAAGUACAAUUCUGAGAUGUUCAGAAUUACUUCUAUAUUGACACUAUGUGGAGAGACGAUUAGCGAUUCUGAUAAGUUGGAAAAAACGUUCUCCACCUUUCAUGCCUCGAAUGUGCUCCUGCAACAGCAAUAUCGAGAGAAAGGCUUCACAAAGGGUGGAAAAGGUCGUGGCCCCAGUCGUGGUCAUGGUCGUGGUCAUGAUAGUGGUCGUGGUUGUGAUAAUGGUCAAGGAAUAAAUUCUUCUCUUGGUGUUAAUCAUUCAUCAAAGAAGAAUCACUACCAGAUAGGGAAAAAGAAGGAUGAUAAGCAUGAAGUGCCAGAAGCACGUAGCUCAGAAGACAAAUGCUAUCGAUGUGGUGGAAGUGGACACUGGUCACGUACCUAUCGUACGGCGAAGCACUUGGUUGAGCUUUAUCAGGCAUCAAUGAAAAGGAAAGAGAAAAAUCCCGAAGCUAAUUUUAUCUCUGAAAAUCAAGAUGACAUCAUGGAUGUAGUAGAUUUCUUUGAGCACCCUGAAGGAAAGAUAGAUCACUUGAUUGGUGAUGGAUCUAUUGUUAGAGGUGAUUGA